AUGGCCACCAAGCGAAAGCUCGACACGGCCACCCCCGAGCCCGAAGAGCCCAUCGAUCCCUCUGAUGAACUGUUGUUUCUGUGCUUGGGUGGUGGAAACGAGGUCGGCCGUUCAUGCCAUAUAAUACAAUACAAGGGAAAAACUGUCAUGCUCGACGCCGGCGCCCAUCCUGCGUACGAUGGCCUGGCCUCUCUACCCUUCUACGACGAGUUCGACCUGAGCACCGUCGACAUUCUCCUCAUCACUCACUUCCAUCUAGACCAUGCCGCCUCUCUACCCUAUGUCAUGGCAAAGACCAAUUUCAAGGGGCGUGUCUUCAUGACCCACCCAACCAAAGCCAUCUACAAGUGGCUAAUGCAGGAUUCAGUCCGUGUACAGAACACACAUGCUACUGCAGAACAGCCAACACAGCUCUACACUGAAGCUGACGUGCUUUCGACGCUUCCCAUGAUCCAGACCAUUGCCUUCCACACCACGCACACCCACGCAGGUAUCCGCAUAACUCCUUACCCAGCUGGCCACGUCCUUGGUGCAGCCAUGUAUGUGAUCGAGAUCGCUGGUCUCAAUAUCUUGUUCACUGGAGACUACUCAAGAGAACACGACCGUCAUCUAAUUCCCGCUUCGGCUCCCAAGGGUGUCAAGGUGGACGUCUUGAUCACCGAGUCCACUUUCGGCGUUGCCUCUCACAUCCCGCGACUGGAACGUGAGACUGCUUUGAUGAAGAGCUUGACUGGUGUUCUGAAUCGCGGAGGACGUGUCCUCAUGCCUGUCUUCGCCAUCGGCCGUGCGCAGGAACUUCUUCUGAUUCUUGAAGACUACUGGAACCGCCACCCCGAGUACAGAAAGUAUCCCAUCUACUACGCCAGUAACCUCGCAAAGAAGUGCAUGCUUGUCUACCAAACAUACAUCGAUGCCAUGAACGACAACAUCAAGUCAAUGUUCCAAAACAGGCUUGCCCAUGCAGCUGAUGGUAGCGAUGGUGAAGCUGGUGCUGGAGGCCCCUGGGAUUUCCGCUGGAUCCGCAAUCUAAAAUCUCUUGACAGAUUCGACGAUGUCGGGGGAUGUGUCAUGCUUGCAUCUCCUGGUAUGCUCCAGAAUGGCGUGUCUCGAGCUCUUCUCGAACGUUGGGCACCCGAUCCGAAGAAUGGCGUCAUUGUCACUGGUUACAGCGUCGAAGGCACCAUGGCGAAGAUGAUCCUUACUGAGCCCGAAAGCAUCCAAGCUGUCAUGACCGGCAGAGUGGGUGGUAGGGUGCAAGGUGUAGGUAGUCGAGGAAAGCCGGGUGCCGAGGGAGAAAAAGUCAUGAUUCCUCGAAGGUGUACAGUUCAAGAAUAUUCAUUCGCGGCACAUGUCGACGGAACCGAGAACCGCGAGUUCAUCGAGGAAGUUGCAGCUCCUGUGGUGGUUAGUACCGUAAAAAAGUGCAGCGUUUCUAUACGUGCUAAUCCAAUGACAACAGNNAUUUUGGUUCACGGCGAGAAGACAAACAUGAUGAGACUCAAGUCCAAGCUGUUGUCCCUGAACGCAAACAAGACAACACCCGUCAAGGUCUUCUCUCCAGCAAAUUGCGAAGAACUUCGCAUUCCUUUCAAGCAGGACAAGAUUGCCAAAGUGGUUGGUCGACUCGCAAACCAGAUCCAGAUAUCAGCAGCCCCACCUUCACCUCCCAUUUCUGACGACGAUGAUACAAGAGAUGACAAGAAGUUCAAGACUGCGAACGGGGACCAGGUAGUUUCUGGUGUCUUGGUGCAAAACGAUUUCAAACUUAGCUUGAUGGCGCCAGAGGAUCUGAAGGAGUACGCUGGAUUGACAACCACAACGAUCUUAUGCCGUCAAAGACUGACACUUGCUGCCGCGGGCCUUGAUUUGAUCAAAUGGGCCCUUGAAGGCACCUUUGGAGCCAUCAAAACAAUUUCCUCGCCUUCCGAAGUGGUCAAGGCAGAGACCAAUGGGAACGGUGCCAAUGUCGGAGACGCCGAUGAGGAGCUCGAAAGACAGCAGGAGACCGUAUUCGAGGUUAUGGGUUCAGUCAGGGUCAAGGUGGCUGAUCGUGGCGAAGUCGAAGUUGAAUGGGAAGGCAACAUUGCCAAUGAUGGAAUAGCAGAUGCUGUUCUUGCCGUCCUCUUCACGGUUGAAAGCAGUCCUGCGGCUGUGAAGCAAUCUUCGAAUCCACACUCACACGACCACCACGAAAACAAGCGCAAUCUCCAUGCACACAUCAGCCCAUCAGAAAGACUCUCACGCCUAUGCAUGUUCCUCGAAGCCCAGUUUGGCGAGGAUGCUAUCACUCCAAUCUCGAGACCCAAACUCAACGUUUCCGAAGUUGAUGACACUAUUGCCUCUGACGACCCCAUAGCAGCAGAGAAAGCCAGAGCUCAGCUGGAGAUGGUAGAGCUAGAACGUCUUCACAGAGCAGGCAUUCCCGUACCCGGAUUGGAGAUCAAGGUGGACAAGAUUGUAGCCAAGGUUUGGCUCGAGACGCUCGAAGUAGAAUGUAGCAUGCGAAGCAUGGCUGAUAGGAUACGCGCCGUGGUAGAACGGGCUGUUGAGGUCGUUGCUCCACUAUGGGAGUAG